AUGGUCUUGUACCUGUUGUCGUACAUUUUCUCCGACAUUGCCAGUGGCUACAACCACCUGGCAACCGCAGCCGAGCGGGUCGUGACCUCGGCUGGCGAAGAGUUGGAGAGAUGGCUCUGGGAGUCCGGCGUUGCCGACUCCCUGAUGGCGCUGGGAACUGUGCACGAAGAGGAGAUCCUGCCCUUCGUUGUGCUUUUUUUGUGCUGUUUGGUCUUUGUCAUUGGGUCAAUUUACUUCCAAUGCACGCCUGAUCCGUGGCGUGCACUCCAAGACAAGAUCGACAACCGGUUCAAUGCGGAGGUUGCCAGGAUAUGCUGGUUUGCUCGCGUAGGCGGAAUCCUUGUCAAGUUCACCUACACCCAUAUCGUCAAGGUCGUUUACGACAGAUGGGUCCGGGAUUCCGUCAAUCGCGUCUGCAGCCGCCUUGUAGGGGCACCAGCAGACAUCCCAACCCCUGAGCCAGGGUUUAUCCCGGGGGGUUUCCCGCAUUUUGACGUCGACGACGGCGAUGCCAGAGACGUCCAAGCCCAAAAGGACAAGCAGGAGGAGGACACUCGGCGACGAAGCAAGUUGGGCGAGCUUGCAACCGAGCUGGGUGAUCUCCGGGCAACAGUGGCCUCGCUCGCUGAGAAGCUUGCUGAGGCCAACAAGCAGGCCAAGGAAGCAGAGGACAGACGGUUCUUCUGCACGACCAUCUCUGGAAACAGCGCUCCCCAGAAAGCGCCUCCCUCUCCACGCGUCAGCCAGGCUGCCGUGGAGACCAUCCAUCUUCUCCAGCAACAGCUGGCGGAGAUGAUGGAAGAGGCCGCUGGCCUCCGGGGGGAGCUUGCUGCGGCCAGAGCUGCUGUAGAGGUGGUCGCUCCGGCCCCGGUGGCGCCAGUGGCUGUUGUUGUUGUUGACACCGUGGAAAUCGGUGUCCAGACGGACCUCCCAUCGCGUCCUUCUUCUCCUCUUCCAGAAACGGAAGAAGAGGCUAAGGCGGUGGUGGGGGUUGCCCCUGUUGUCGUUGACACAGGGUGCCAAACGGACGAUCUUCCUUUGGAAGUGGCUUCCGUUGUCGCCGAAAAGGCGACACAAACCGUCGUCGACAACAACACCACUGUCGACACUGGGGUCCAGACAGACCCGGAAGACUCUGUCUCCGAGCCUGCUGUUCCUGUUGUCCCUGCCUCUGUCCUGGAGUCCCGCGAUGCGGAGGUUCGGUCGUUGAAGGCCGAUUCAGAACGACUCCGGGGUGAAAUCCAGUCGAUGACUGGUGAGCUGGCCACUGCUCAGAAUGCCGUCAUCGCCAAAGGUCAAGAGCUGACCGAGAGCCGGGAGCGUUUCACCGCGCUCGACCAUGCCUACCAACAAACGACGGCCAAUUCCCAGGGCAACCAAGAGUUGGCCCGCGCAAGGGAGGCGCUCGAAGCCGCCUCCGCCAGCAACCUGCAGUUGCAGGAACGCUUCCAGGCCGGCCGCAGCCAGUUCGAGGCGGGCAAGGCUCAGUUCGAUGAACUGAAGCGGAAGAACGACGAGGCGGUCGCCGAAAAGGCGGCACAAACCUCUUCCUUCGCGGAGGAGAGGGCAUGCCUCGUCGCUGGUCGGGUCCAACUCGACACGGAGGUGAAAAGCCUCCGGGAGCGCCUGGGAGGCGUGGAAUGGGCCGGCAAGAAGCUGGCCAAAGAGUUGCACGAGGUCCAGGAGGCGUCCAGUAAAAAGGACGCCCAGCUGGCCGCACUCAAGGCCCAGCUCGAGCCGCUUCGGGCCCAGACCACGCCGGGGGCGUCGGUCACGACAACAGCGGUGGCUCUCCCAGCAGCUGCAGCAGCAGCACCAACAACUCCGGCCGGCCGACAACAAUCAAGCUCGCCGACAUCGCGAGCUUCCAGCGCCGCCGGAGUUGUUGGAGGAGGCAACACAACGCCUCGGCUGGGAGAGUCCCCGCUCAUGGGGGGUUCGAGGACGGCGCCGCGAGGAGCGCCCGAGUCCCUCCACCGUGUGAUCGGCGACCUCACGCGCCGCGUUGCGGCGCUGACGGAGGAGAAGAAGAAGGAGGCGGAGGCCAAGGAUGACCUCCUGCUGGAGCUGGAGCUCCUCAAGGAGCUGCACAAAAAGGACGACGAGGAGGCCCAAGCUGAGUUGGACGCAGCGAGGGCCAGACUCGACCAGCAUCGCGCCGAAAUCGGCGAGAUGCAGUGGCAGCUCCGGACAAGGGAGAUCGACCUUGCCGUGGCGACCAGCAAGGCUGACGCCGCCAGAAGCCAGUAUGAGGCCUCGAAAGAGGCCGUCGGCGCGUUGGAGGUGGAGGUCGGCAACCUCGACCCUGAGCGUCGUGCAGCCACUAUACGCAAGGGGAAGCGUGUGGCUCGCGACGACGCUCGGGAGUCGGAGGAAGCCAAGAGGGCCUUCACCGAAGACGACCGCCAUACUGGCAUGGCGGCGAGAGAGCGCGAUGCGCUCUACGCCACGGCAUCGUCGUCUCAGGAGUCUCCAGGCGACCAGCAGCCUCCAGAGGAUGAGGCUGAGCUGUAG